UGGUGCCGCCGUAGGCCCUGCACAGCCUUGUGUCUGCGUCUUUCACAGGCAGGGAGACGUUUUUAAAAUGAUUUCCCUGCACAUUUACACGGCUCCGCUUUGUUUUUUUGUUUUAUUUGUUUCACAUAUACUGAGCAACAACUCGAUCGGAUUACAGUGGUACUUAGGCUGUUACAACUGGAGCGCUCCUGGUUUGUCAGUCUAUCUCUAUCCAAUGCCUUCUGGAGAGCAAGUGGACCCUGUCUUUUGUUCACACAUCUGUCUCGAUGAAGGGUAUCAGUUAGCAGCGCUGUCCAGGGAGACAUGCUACUGCAGUGACCUACCCUGGGACCGGACUGUGAACGGGCAGCAUGACCACUCUGGGAAGGCCAGUGGGGAGGGUGAGCGUGCCCGGGGGCAGCUGCGCAUGGCCUGUCUGCACUGUGGCCCCACCAGUCCAGCAUCCCCCACUAACGAGGCUCGUAUCUCACCCGUGCCGCCGUGUCCCUACAGCUGCUCUCGAGCCCGGUGUCUGCCCCUUGGGGUGGAUUUGGCCAGACUAGCGGUGUACAGGACACAGGGCCCGUACAUCUACAAUAUCAGCUUGUCCAUUGUGGAGGAGAGAGUGCAAUCUGGGAAGCCAUUCCUGAUGCAGAUCUCUGGCCAUUUAGCUGCUCCCUUGCGGCAACCCACAGGAUUAGAGACCAUCAAGGGUGAGAACUUCAGUUCAGUUGACAUUGUGGUCAGCUGGACCCCUGGUGAACAGAGCUUGUAUAUUACCUCAGUCCAGGACAGUGGAUUCUUCAGACUGGCUCCUGAGUGGACAUUUAAUGAGGCUGGAACGUAUCAUAUAGAGGUCAUGGCCCAUAAUGAAGUCUCCAUGGACAUCGCCAGCCUACUCGUUACUGCCCUCCCACCCAGACUAGAAGCACUGGAGGUGGAGUUGUUGCAGGAGCCCAAAGCCAUCCCUUCCUGUGUCCCCUUUCCAGUCCAGGAGACCCAUGUCUUGAAGAGAGUCUUCCUGGGAGAGACCUCCACAUUCAGAGCCUUUGUAGCCAUGGGGGAUUGUCUGGACUUCCAGUGGCACUUCAGUGAUGACGGACUUUCCCUGCCAGCGGGGCCUGAUUGCGUCCCUCAGUCCGACUGCCGGAGCAGCACCGUGAGGCAUACGUUUGGAAAUGAAGGGAUUCACACAGUUUCUGUGAAUGUCUCCAACAUCUAUAGCUGGGCUCUGAAAAUAGCUCGCAUUGUUGUUGUCCGCCGUUUUCUGUCCAACCUGGUGCUGGGGAACCUGAGCAGGUACUCGCUGGCUGUCACUCAGAACGUGUCCCUGGAGCUGCAGCUUCUUACCACCAUGCAUCAGGACCUCUCACUCAAUGUGACAUUUGAGCCUGGUGUCACCCACAGUCACCCGUUGGACGUGGGCUCCUCCACCGUGAACGUCUCCAGCCAGCUACAGCUGCUCCACACCUAUGACCCAUCUAGCUGUCAGCUCUAUGUCCAUCUGCAGUAUGGCUACAGGACAGUGGGGCUCUUUCCUGUAUCUGUUUCUGUCCUCUCCCCCUUUGCUGGGCAGCAUGCAACUCUACCUCGCCCAGUAGAGGUGUAUGAACCCAUCAGAAACCUGGGACCAGCUCCAUGUUGGCCCUUUGUAAUUGCUUCCAGGGUCAGCACCACUUUUAGGGUCACCAGCCAAGUUGACCGCACUGGAUCUGCUGUGCAAUGGACCGUGUCCAGGGGUAACACUACUCUUCUAAAUCAGACCACUGUGGACUGGUUCCUCAUCUUCUCCCUACUGGAUGCUGGUCGAUACAUUUUGAGCAUCAAGGCCUUCAACCCAGUAAGCACCAGCUCUUUCCAGAUACCGUUGCUGGUCCAAGAUGCAAUAUCUGAGCUGAUCCUUCUCCCCCUCAGCCCACAGUAUGUGGAGACUGGCACUACUAUUUUGGCAAAAGCCUCCGUUUCAGCUGGAACAAACGUUACUUACCUCUGGAAGUUUGGCGCAAACUCAAGCCUCUCAAAAGGCUCUGAGAUAGUCACCCAUGUCUUCCACCAAGUGGGUGUGCACACAGUGACGGUGACAGCAGAGAACCACGUGAGCCAAGUUCACAGUGAGCAUGUGGUAUUUGUUGUUCAAGAUCCAGUUGGAAACAUUGCUCUGUAUGCACCUAGAACCACUACAGUGCAGCAGAGAACUGCAAUAUCAUUCACUGUCAUGGCAGGAACCAACACGACUGUUACUGUAUGUGCCAACAAUACCCUUGUGUACAAGAGUAACAGAUGUGUGGUCGGAGCAGAGGUGGUAGUGGCUUUGUAUCUUGAACAGACAGGACCUGCUCGGAUUACAGUCGAAGCCAGCAAUCUUGUUUCCUCCAAAAACACAACGGUUUUUGUGCUGGUAAUGCCAAGACUACAUACAGUCACAAUAGAAUGGACACAGACUCCAGUGGUUGGAAAGUCUGUCAUUCUGUUUGCUAAGGUUAAUGGCAAUAUCUCAUCCUGUACAAAUUACCGCUACACCUGGCUGUUUCCACAAGGCCACACGGUUCAUACUGCCAGUCCAAUUGUGUCACUGAGUUGUGACAAACCAGGUCCUCACUUGGUCAACGUGACUGUGACGGACCAUGCUUCCUCUUUAUCUGCUGGAGUGCUAUUGUAUAUGACGCCGCACAGUGCUGCCCCCUUUCUGGCUCAUCUUGAAAUUGCAGUUGUAGGGACGCCAGUUCAAUUUUCAAUCAAGAAUGUUCCUCCUGGUGGCAGGCUGUACGUGGACUUUGGAGAUGGAGACAAAACUAUCCUGGAAAUUAGUUUUGAGUUCAGCCAUCGAUACGAACAGGCUGGCAUCUAUCACAUCCGAGCGACUGCAGACAGCCGUGAAAUACUGUCUUCACUUAUUGAUGUUCAGGAGCCUGUGAAAGAUCUUGAUCUAGUGGGUCCAGACACCUUUACCUUGCCUACCAGCCCAUCGAACGACUCUCUAAUUACCUGGAUUGCAAAGGUGUCUCAGGGGUCAAGCUGCCUGUACAGGUGGAGAGCUACCGGGGGGAAGAAGAACGUCUCCCACUUUGGAUCGGAUCAGUUCACUACAGUGCUGAGUGAGCCCGCCCAGCUCAGGGUUGAGGUGUCUGUGACCAAUGAGAUUAGUGGAUUGACGGCAAACAUCUCCACGCACGUCAUGUACCCCAUUAUGAGUGUGUCCCUGAGUGUCACCCAAGCCGUCUUGGGCCAGCUCAGCCAUGUGACGUUGAAGAUGGCACCACAGCAGGACUGCGACCUCUCGCUGGACUUUGGAGAUGGGACGAAGCUUCAGACCUCCUCGCGCCUGCACCCGCCCCGGACGGACUGCUCCCAGGGCCGGCCCUGUUCCUCUGUCUUCUUCUUCUCCCACGUGUAUGAAAGUGUGGGUGUGUUUGGCCUUUCCGCCACUGUGUCCGGUGCUCUCGCCGUUGUCAUGGAGACAGCGGGGGCAGCUGUGGGAGAACCCACGGGAGGCGUCCAGCUGGUCUUGACCUCGCUUGCUGUGAUCCGUCUGUCUGACUUCAUCAACGCCUCCGCCUCGGUGCAGAUGGGUCAGGUAGUGCUGUUCCAGUGGCAAAUCCUUCUUCCAGAUCACAGCAGAUACCUCCACGAAGAUGGAAACACAAGCCGCAGCUCUCUGAUGUACCGGACCCGGAUUCCUGGGACUCACAAUGUUUCGGUGCUGAUCUCCAAUCGAACAAACGGCAGCUCAAUGCUCAGGCGCCUGUCAGUCAAGGUGCGAGCUUCAAUCGGCACAGUCCAUUCCCGGCCCCCCCUCGGCACAGACCAUGCCACGCUCCACCGCCAACCCGACGGCUCCUAUGCCACGCAAGCCCUCCCUUUCAGCGCUUCUACAUCUGCUGAGGAAGCCAACUUUACCUUUGGUUUUGGAGACGACUCUCCGCCGAUGUGGGUUCAGGGACGGGCCAGAAGAGUCCAGCUGGGUUCUGUAGCCACUGGCUCCCACCGGUUUACCAGAGAAGGCACCUUCUUUAUUGCAAUAACUGCCUCCAACGAGUUCUACAACGCCACCUGUGUGCUACCGUUCCAUGUGGAGAAGAUGCCGGCAAACCUGCAGCUUAUUACAAACUCCACCGUGGUCUACAGGAAUGAAACGGCUUUGUUUAAUGCGCAUCUAGCAGCUGGCACAAAUGUGACGUACGUUUGGAAUAUGGGAGAUCAGACUGCAUAUGUGCACAAAGGGCCGGUCGUCUCACACCAGUUUUCGGCAGUGGGUGUUUACGAUGUCACUGUGUUUGCUCGGAACCGAGCGGGAAGUAUGAACGCCAGCACCAGCGUCGCCGUGCUCCACCGGAUGCGGCCUGUCAGGAUCUACACCGAGAAACCAGCAUAUUCCACUGAAGCAGAGAUCACCUUUCUGGCCAUAACCGAGGAUACCGGCCCGCUGGAGUUUUUGUGGCAUUUUGGGGACAGGCCAACUGUGAGAACGACCUACAGAACCGUCACCAAGAGAUACCGCUUCCCAGAAAGGUACAAUGUCACUGUCACUGCAUCGAAUGGACAGAACUCCGUCACCUCUGGUGCCUAUCAGAUAAUAAUCCAGAGAAAAAUCCAUCCCAACCGGCUGUUGUUCAGUGCCUCGGUUCUUCUGAACACUAGCUUGAACUUUGACUGCAGGAUCAGUGGAGGAACAAACGUCAGCUAUGACUGGACCUUCGGAGAUGGUACUUACAAAGUCGGAAACAGCUCUGAGCAGCAUGUUUUCCACAGAACGGGCGAAUUCACAGUGGAAGUGAAGAUGUCGAAUCUGGUCAGUUCUGCUUCCUUGACGCAGCAGAUAUUUGUGGUCCGUCAACCCUGCCAGCCUCCUCCAGUAAAAAACAUGGGUCCCCUCAACAUUCAGGUCCUGCGGCACCAGACCACUAAACUUGGAGUGACCUAUGAGUCAGAUAUAGCUUGCGAUAUCUCACAGGGCCUCCUGUACAGCUGGACUUUGUACCAAUCCGGCGGGCUGCCUUUGGACCUUCAUCCAAUCGAGACCCACCGGCAGGGCAUUGAGCUGCCUGGCCAUUUCCUGAAUUAUGGCAUUUAUAAAGCCAUAAGCAAAGUCCAAAUUGUUGGCAGUGUCGUUUACAGCAACUACAGCGUCUACAUUGAGGUGAUACGCAGCCCUCCUGUCAGCGUAAUCGAGGGAGGUACAAACAUCUUCCUCAGUAAACAUAACGGUACAAUUCUGACCUUGAGCGGACGCAGGUCACAUGACCUCGAUUACCCUCUGAACACCCUCAGCUACCAGUGGGACUGUAAGCCAGCCACUACCAUCGCGAGCCCCUGCUUUGAAGAAUAUGUUCCUCUGACUGGUCCUGUGGUCACGUUCCCAACUAAUCUUCUGAAGUCUAGUUUCGACCAGUUCAAAUUCACCCUCACGGUGUGGAGUGGAGAGCAGUCGUCCACUUCAGAGCUGUUUGUUACUGUCACGGCUGAUCUAACACGGAGAGUACACGUGUAUUGUGACCACUGCCAGGGUAGCUUAGUGAAUUGGAAUGAGCCGUUCUCCGUCAAAGCUGAGUGUGAAAACUGCGGCAUGUCUCCCUGGGACAUCUCCUACACCUGGAAACUUUACCUGGUUAAUCCUUCCAGUAAAGCCGUUGUUGAAGUUCCUUUCUGCAGUGUUGUGGAUAUCAGUGAGCUCUCCAGCUUGGUUAAAGGUGGGGCUGCAUCCCACUUGAUGUUACCUGAAGGUCCCGGUCUCACUAUGGCCUCUCACACUCCGCUUCCUUCUCUUCUGCUUGCCUCACCUUCCACCCCAUUGGUUUCAAACACUCCUGAUGCCUCAUAUUUGGCAACAAAUCUCCUGGAGUCUCAGAUCCGCCCAAUCAGCAUGACCUCCUCAGACAGCAUAGGAGACCCCACAGUCUCUGUUCCUCCCAGCACCGCUGUCCAGCCCCAUUCUUCUUCCUUCCUCCUGCCCUUCGCUGAAGGGAAUCAGAUGGAUGUUGGUCACAGCCAAUGGCAGAGAGCCAUGGAGGGAAGCUCUGAUGGCCCAUCUCAUCCUGAAUCCCCAUCAGAUUUUGGAUUCUUCCCUCCAUCGCCUGGCAACUACAGCAUUCCCGUACCUCCUGAUUACGUCCCAGGGUUCCCUGUGUCUGAGGAAGGGAGUGUGGCUUACGAUGACCCAUUCAUCAACACUGAUUUUGGCUUCCCUCCGUUCUUUGAAAGUAGCUACCAUAGACAGCCAGGACCCCCCCUUCCUGAUGCUGAUACUGACAUUGGAGUUAGUGAAACAUCGUCAGGAGACGGCAAAAUUUCUGUCAGUCAGAUGCCAAAUUUCAACCACUCCUAUUAUGAAAGUUAUUUCAGUAACGUUAAAGAGGGUGUCUGGGAAACCUCUGGGGACCGUCAUAUAGGAAUUGGGUCAAGCGUUGCCAGCAAGGAUAGGGACGUGAUCCUGGAAUCCAAUGGCCAGGAAGGAGACAACUUGAUGGACUCCAGAAGAUCCCCUGUUGCACCUGAAAUGACGCUCUUGGAUCUGGACAGGCAGCAGAUUGAUUCAGUGGAGUUUGAAUCAUACACUUUCACAGGCAUUUCUUCUCCUGUCAUCACAUUUAAACCUUUUAUGUUAAAGGCAAAGAGUCUUUAUAUGCUGGAGGCAUCUUCAAACUCACGACACAGACUCCGGGGCAAGACACAAUUCUUCUUCUCCACCAAUGACGUCCCCCAUGGAACGACAUGCCAGGCGCAGCCCGGCCGAGGCUAUGAAAUCCACACAGAAUUCAGCGUCUUCUGCACCUCAGGAAAAGCGGAUCUCCUUUAUAAGUACAGCUACAGCGCUGGCAGAUCUCCAAAGAGGACUCUCUACCACGGAAGAAACUUCCAGCACUACUUCAACCUUCCAUCCGGAGAGCCAGAAAACGACUAUAAAGUUACAAUAUAUAUUGAAGUAUGGAAUCAGUUUGGAGCUGCAGCCAGGCCAUGCCCAGUAAGCGUUGAAGUUCUACCGAGCUUCCAGAAGAAUCUAUCGCCUUUCUACCAUCCAGACCUGGAACUCUAUUCAGAUGGUUUGAGGAACCUCACCAAGUUGACUCGCAUGGGCAACGGCAUGUUGGUCCGAAACUAUGUCAUCUUACUGACUGAUGUGCUGAAUCGCAUGAGUCAAGACUUGUCAGCCUCCAGAACACUGCAAACCACCAUCCGUGGUGCCCUCAUAUCUGCUAUCUGUGAGCUAAACAUCCAAAACCAGGCAGAAAUGAUAGAUAGCAUCCACAUACUGAAAGAUCUUUUGAGUGUUGCCAGCCAAGUGACUGUUGAAAGUGCCAGACUCGUGAUGAGGUUCGUUCAGAACUUUUCGACGCAGUUCCGUGAGCCCGCCGUGCCGGUCACGUACCACCUGGAGGAGGUAGCAGUCCACUCGCUGGUGUCCCUGUUGUCUUGCGUUCUGAAGACCUCUGCUAACUUCUCAGAGGACGGCAUCUAUCUGACGCUGGAUGGCAUUCGCACAACCCGUGACCUGCUGCUGAAGUAUGUCCUAUUCAGCAAAGUGUCACUGCACACUUUAAGCACCAGAUGGAUGGAGCUGAGGACACAGUGGCAUGGAAGGUUCCAGAACACGGUCAUUAGCGUCAGACAGACCAAGCUGUACCUUCCCAACACGUUGGAUGCAGAUGUUAAUAGGCGUAUUGCACUUAGUUCUGACCAAAGCAGUCGUUGUGUCAUCAGUCAACUGAUGUUCUUCAACCCAAACCCAUACUUUUGGGGUACAGCGUCCAUCCAGAUAAAUGGGGACGUGGUGGACCUGACUCUGUACAACUGCACCACAAGGAGAGAGGUCAAAGUGCGCUCCCUCUCGACACCAGUCACCAUCGAGUUUCAGAAACCAGACCAAAGACAGACCGCUGAUUUAGAAUUUUCUUUGCAACGCACUCAAAUGAACAUCCACCAGUUUAACAUUACAGCGGAGACCCUGCAGGAGGCGCUACAGAUCACCGUGAAGCUGACCAGGCCAGCUAACCAGACCUUUCCCAUCCUGCUCCUCCUCAGGAUGUUUGAGAAGCCAACUCCAACCUUAUAUAAGGUUAAGAAAAUUUUCCGCUGGAAAGAAGACACGGUUCACAUUUUCCUGCCACCCUCUAGUCUCAAUGCCCCUGGCAGCGCUUAUGUGGCCCUGCUCAAUGCAAACUACAACCAGACUCCCAGGAAUAAAUAUAUAGCCAGUGCUGUGAACUACUCCCUGAGCAUGGGGUCUAUACAGUGCCUCUCCUGGGACGGAGUCAGGGCGUGGAAAAGGGACGGAUGCACUCCUCUACAGGGAGAUCCCAGCCGGUUCAACUGCAGCUGCAGUCACCUGGCGCCGUUUGCGGCCACGUACCGCAAGAUGCUGAGCCGUCAGGAAUUUACCAACGUGGAUCAGUUUGUAAGCCUACCCGAUAACCUGACCCUCUGCAGUGUGAUGGCUGUCUUGCUGACCGCCUACGUUCUGGCGGCGGUCAUUUGUAAAUGGGCUGAUGUCCACGGUGAGGAGAACCAGGGCCCAGUCCAGCUGGAGGAGAACAUUCCGUUAGACAAGCAGCUGUAUGCUGUGACGGUCGAUACCGGCUUCCGAUCCAGGCCCGUUAUGACAGCUAAGGUGUAUGUCGUCCUUCAUGGGGAGAAUGGCAUCUCCCAGACCAGGGAGCUCCACAGCCCUGGAAGGCUCCUGUUCUCCCGUAACUCCAGACACACAUUCAUAUUGAGCACCCCUGAGAGCCUGGGCCCCAUCUGGAAGGUGCACUUGUGGCAUGACUGCGGGGGCCCCUCCCCCAGCUGGUAUGUCAGCCAUGUGGCCGUGAGGGACCUGCUGGGGGGCGAUGCCUGGUUCUUUCCCGGAGAGUGCUGGUUGGCCGUGGAUGAGGGCGAUGGGCGGGUCGAGAGAGAGCUGAGCGCCCUGAUUGGAGGACUGGGAUUCAGAAAGCUCCUGCACUGCAAGCUGACGGAGUACCUGGAGGACUUCCACUGCUGGGCGUCGGUGUGCAGCCGCCCGCCACACAGCCCCUUCACCCGCACACAGCGCCUCGGCGUCUGCCUGCUGCUGGCGCUGGGCUACGCGUGCACCAACGCCGUCCUCGUGUCCCUGCACGGCGACCAGCACAGAGCUGAACUGGGACUCCUCCACACGUUUGCUGCAUCCCUAGCGAUGGGAGUUUUCAGUACGCUGAUGGUGCUUCCCGUGGGAGUGCUACUGUCCCUGUUAUUCCGUCUCAGUAAGGAAACAAGCAGUAAGGACACUUCCGUGGUGAAGCACAAAUGUAGACCGCUCAGUGUCUACUCUGUGGAAGCGCAUAGUGAUGACCUCCUAGAAGAUGCCAGAACUGAUGACUCAUAUCGGUCCUUGCACCACCAUCAGCAGUGUGCACCAGUCAUGCAGAGAAAUAAAUAUGCACAUGGAGUACAGGAUUUCCAGUUGCCUGGCCUGGUGCCACUUCCUUGUGGUGAAAAGAGGUCUGAGUUUAGAUUUGAUCAGAGGAGCCAAAGUGAUCACAUCAAAAUGCUAAGAGAUGAUGUCAAAUGGAGAAGCUGUGAAGACCGACCCAAGAGUUCUACAGCUUAUGUUCUGGGAGAGCCAGAUUCUGGAGGCAGCAGCAUCUCAGUGGCGCCCCCUUGCUAUCGCUACCUCGCCUGGGCCCUGUGCUUGUCUCUGUGUUUAGUCUGCAUGAUUACCACUUUAGUCCUGGGAAUAAAGUUCAGCCCGGAGAACAGCUUCAUGUGGGCCCACGCGCUCAGCUCCUCCAUUCUGCUCUGUGCCUGUGUUCUCCAGCCACUCCUGAUACUCAUCAGUGCUGCAGUGGUGGCCUUGAGGUAUAGGGGGCGCUGUUUCCCCCACAGCUGCCCUGAAGAAGCCAAGGCAAUGGCAGAGAUUCUCAAAGGGUGGCAGAAUGGAGGCUUCCCCUCAGACAGCUGCCUGUUUGGCCCCUGUUGUUACCAUCAAGAUGGAGCUACUCACUUUAGCAGGGUGCUGAGAGCCCGUCGGAGAGACCGGCAUCUGCGCCUGGCUCGGCCGCCCUCUCCAGCAGAGCGGAGACGCGCGCGGGAUCGGAUCUGCAAGCAGACGCUCCUCCACAAGGCCUUCAGGGAGGCUGUGUUGUACGUGGUCACCUUUUCCCUGGUCUUGUUCCUGACUUAUGGGAAACCUUCCAGCCACCAUUACCAGCUAAACCAAGCCAUCAGAGCUGCAUUCACCAAAAGUGCACAAAACCCCUUUCAAGAAAUACGGAUGCAUGAAGACUGGUGGAAUUGGAGUAAGACAGCCUUAUUGGAUGGGCUGUACUGGGACUCAUGGUCCAAUAACGUCUCAGCAAAAAUACAGGCUGGCGCAGUCUACGGGGCGUGCAUUCUCAUUGGACAGCCGGUCCUUGAAAAAAGAGAGGCCGCAGACCAGUCAGCUUGCAGGGGCCUGGUUCCUGAGGUCCGGUCAAAGUCUUUCUCUCAGCCUCUCCUCGCUCGGGGUGACCAGCGAUGUGGGGGCGCCAACAAGGAAGCAGGAAGCCAAGUCACCCUGGGUCGUACGAGAUCUGCGGUGUCAAGCAGCCUGCGGUCACUGCGGGCCAGGGGCUGGCUGGGCCAGCGAACGCGGGAGGUGAUCGUCCGCUUCGCCCUCUUCAGCCCCCCCACUGGCCUGUUUACUGGCGUGUCCCUGCGGGCCGAGCAGCCCGUCCCGGGGGUCCUGUUGCCGUCCGCGUCUGUUUACUCCGCGCAGGUGCACCGGACUGCUGGCGCCGUUGACUACGCUGUCAUGGCGUGUGAGCUCUUCUUCCUGCUUCUCACGUCACUUCAGCUGUAUGUCCAAGCAUGGGCCAUGGUUCAGGCAGGGCUUGCGUCCUACUGGAAGGAGGCCUGCAAUUGGCUGGAGGUCACCAUCCUCAUCGUCAGUCUCGUUUACUAUGCAAACCUCACGUACAGCAGCCUUCUGGUCGCAGAGACUGCAGACCUCCUCCAGAGAGAGAACUACAAGGCUUUUGUGGAUCUUACUCUUCUCUCCUCCUGUGAACAGCUGACCAGAAGCCUCCAGGCUGUAAUCGUCUUCCUGCUCCUGGGGAAGAGCAUCUCUGUGCUGCCUGCCGGUGGAGCUGUGGCCCUGUUCGUGGCGACUCUCCGGCUGUCGCCUGGCACCCUCUUCUCCCCUCUGCUGGCCGGCGCCGUCCUCGUCGUGGCCUUCGGCUGCCUGGGGAACCUGCUCUCGGUGUCCACCUGGGGGUCCUUCACUGCUGUGACUGGCUUCUUUAACACCCCCCUCGCUCACCGCAUGGGCAUCAGUCUGCCAGAUGAUCUGCCCACGCUGGAACCCCCCCAUGCUGCUUCCCUCCUGCUCUACCGCAGUAGUUUCUUCUGUGUCAUGUUCAUCGUCUGGAUAACGCUGAUGACUGGAGUGCUCAGAUCCUUUGAAAAGGCUGCAAAGAAGGUCUCCUCAAGAAGAAAAGAUGCGAUACCCUUUCCUGCACUGGCAGCCUACAUUUGGGACAGAGUUCUCGUGUUCGCUGGUAGACACAAGCAAAGGAGUAGAGAUAACGGCGCCCAGCAGAGGAACUUUCACCUGGAGGAGUUUGAAGACCUGCUGGAGGAGCUGCUACUUCGGCUGGAUGCCUUCACAUGUGACCUACCACAGGUACAACUCAACAAUGGACAGAGGUUGUGGGAAAAUGAGAAACUUCCCAUGCGACAGGCUUACUACCCCCACCACCUGGAAAGUGAGCAUGGACUUUCCAGUAAAGCCUGGGAGACUCCAUCCAGAUCAUCCGUUAGCAUACACAACUGGCUGCUGUCAUCCAAAAACGUGCCUGAUCCAUACAACCACAGAUCAAAGCUCAUUUGCGAAACAUUGGAGCCAAGCCAGAGGACGAGCCUGACAGGAGACUUUGUUUCUGCUUAUGGAGACUAUACCUGUCCCCAGAAUACCUCCCAUGUUAUUGGGGACAAGGUGAUCCCAGAGCCAAGUUGCUCUUUCCAGCCACAUAAGACUAUCCCACCAUUCAUCUGGGAAUCGGCAACUGUGUGUCACUCGGAUGCCCACAAGGAAUAUCAGUGCAGCUCCUCAUGGGAAAGCAGACAGGGACCAGGCUGGGGGGAGGGAGCCUGGUCCGCAGCAGGAAGACUAGAUGUCCUGCCUGAAUCUCCCCCCUGUGAGCUCGGCCAUCACCAGCACUGAUAGGGGUGCAGUACAAACAUGGGGAGGAAGAAAAAACUCAAAUCUGAGUGAUUUUAUUGACCUACAGAACAGUCCUGGCUUAUCAGAAGCAUUAAGACAGUGCUGGAGAACUUAAUUUGAUAACUGGUAGUCUGCUCUUCCUAGGGUUUGUUACAGUUUAUUCCUAUUUGGAAAAGCAGUAAUUGCUAUAGUGAGCACAUCAAAUUCAUGCAAAGUCAAUAAAAGCAGGAAAAUUUCCAUAUUAAUUAAAUAUUUCAAAGAAUUAUUUGACCUUGUCAAAAAUCUAUCACUACAAGCUCUUAAAAUUAGGCUUUUUUAUGUUAUAAUAAAGCCAUUAUACACAAAAUCCACACAAUUUCUAAUGGAAUCCACAAAUUCCAGUGUAAAUGAAAGACGGUAACAUAUAAGCCAAAUUUGAUUUUAUUCUGAAAAUGUUUCCAGUAAUGGUCUGUGCAGAAAUUUGAGGUCAGUUAUGAAAAGAAUUUAAUUUCCUUCUGCUGUUAAAUGUAUUAUAUUUUUAUAUAAUUGACAUGCAGGCCUAUUGACCAGCACAGCAACCUUGAAGAGUUUUAUAAUGCCAAAUACCCAAAAUAUGCAGUCUGCUUGGAUUGAGAUGAAGUCAGACAUCAAGGUAAAAUAAUUCAAUGGCACCAAAGAAAUUCAAAAACUAAAAUCUGUUGGUCGUUGCUCUGUAAUUCCUGGGAUUUGCUUUAGAUCAGUGAUCGUGAAUGGGUAACAAAUUCCUGGAAACAAAGAUGGUUGGAUGGAUAGAUCUAAAGGCUGAUUUAUACUUUGCGAAGAAUCUACGGGGAGCCUCCCCAGGAAUGUAACUACAGGCGUCAGGCCACGACGUAGACUUUAUGCAGGCGUGAAUCAGUCUUCAUUUUGCUGGUCAUAUCAAACUAACAUGGAUGGGCUACAUUUGCAAUUUCCUCCAGGUACGCCGGUUUCCCUCCUCAGUCAAAAAACAUACUGAGGUUAAUUGGAGUUACCAAAAUGGCCACAGGUGUGCCUGUGAGUGAAUGGUGUGUGCGUGUGCCCUGCGAUGGGUUGGCGCCCCACCCUGGGUUGUUCCCUGUCUUGCGCCCGUAGCCUCCGGGAUAGGCUCCAUCCUUAACCCACCCCGCACGACCCCGCAUAUUACAAGCGGUUCUGGAAAACGGUUGGUUGCCUACAUUUGAUUAAAUUAUAUUCAAUGUUCCACCAAAGUGUUUUUUCCCCCCUGUUAUUUUGUGAAAAUUGUUGGGUAGUUAAUCUCCAUCUACUUUAAAUCAUAAAUUGUAGUUCUAGAGUUAAAAUAAAUUCAUAAAUAAUAAACCAUGAUUUUAUUCUCGAAUUACAACUUUAUUCUUCAAAGUUACAACUUUAUUGUCGAGGUUUUAUAUUUUUAUUAAUAGUGGCCCAACUCCGUCGUAGGCCUACGUCCGAAGUGCAAUUAUCAGUCUACAGCUGUUUUAUUAUUAAGCCAACUAUUCUGUAAACGUGAAAGAAAUGUCUGUUUAACAGAUGUUUACGUUAUUCAGUUAAAGGUCAAUAAUGCAAGACACUGCCUAAAGCUGAUAUUAAACAUGAUUUCUAAAUAUUUUUGAUAUAACGAUCGCAAUUUAUUUGUCACAUUGUCCUAUUUGAUCAAAGCUGGAAUUACUAAGAAAUGGGAAGACAUACUACAAUUAAUUCAUUUCGUGUAAAUUCAUAAUUACCAGGUGAUUCAGUAUACUAUACAAGUACACAUUUUAGACGAUUUGCUUAAACUAUAUGAUAAAGCUUACGAAAAACAUUCGCCUUGCAUUAAUGAAUCAUACUGCCUGCCACAAACCUUUAUUCACACAGGUCGCCAGGAACUGUCUUUAUUUAAAUUAAUGCAUAUAAAACCUGCAAACUGAAAUCACAGUGAGCAAAAGGUCGGUCAAAGCCAGUAGUGAACGAGGGGAGAGAAGAAACGAGGAUUUCUGUAACUGACUGUAGCAAUCAAUUGUGAAUGCCCACUACCUUCGGACCAACCGAAAACAACGUGGCCCACAGGCAUAUAUAACUCCCGUAGAUAAACAGCUUGUUCCCAUCAUGGGUAGCCAAGUAUUACUUAGUAUAAAGGUAGAACAUUUCAACACUUGCACUCCGGCUUACCCGAUUAUCACCUUCAAAACAGUUUUAUUGUGAUAAUGUUUUUUAUUUUUCAUCGCUAAUACUAAAGUUAGCGCAUUCAAGGAGCGAGAUGCAUUAUGGGAACUGCUCGCGAUUUAGAUGUGCCGGGGAUGAUAAGCAGCGUGGCACUUGACAAUAAAACUACAAAAGCACAGUUCGUCCUAUUGACAUUUUAAAAAUGUAUAAAAUAUACCAAG